AUGGAGUCGCGAACGGGAAGAAGCAAGCAGCGUUACAACUCCAAAGGCGAGCGUUUGGUCGCCGGCGUCGUCCCCUUGACCGAAGACAAGCAAUACGUUCUCCUCAUUCAGUCCACCCGUAGAAAAGGCUGGGUGCUGCCAAAAGGUGGUUGGGAGACAGACGAAGAAUGCACCGAGGCAGCCGCGCGCGAGGCCUGGGAAGAAGCAGGCAUCAGCAUCGAGAUCAACUACGACUUGGGAGACAUUGUCGAGACUCGCCCGCCGAAACACUCCAGCAAGGACUCUUCCAAGUCUCUGUAUCGAUUCUACGAAGCGACCGUCGUUCGGCAAGAGGACAACUGGCCCGAGAAACACAAGAGGGAGCGUCAGUGGAUGACAUACACCGAGGCCAAGGAGGCAUUGGCGGCACGGCCAGAGCUUCUCGAAGCCUUGACUAGAUGCACUAUGAAAAAGUCAUGA